AGAGGCGGGCCCUAAUUGACUGGUGGCUACCAGCGGUGGGGUUGAGCCCGACGCAGCGGCCCCGGCCUAGGCAGGAUUCCUGUGCAUUAAAGCAGCACCUUGGACUUGCUACCACAGUCUCACGCCAUGGAUUGCCAUCUCUGCACUUGUCGCGCGACCCAGCUCCGGAGUGGCCUUCUGUUCCCCCUGCUUCUGCUGAUGAUGCUGGCAGACCUCGCGCUCCCGGCCCAACGUCACCCCCCGGUGGUGCUGGUGCCUGGUGAUUUGGGCAACCAGCUGGAAGCAAAGCUGGAUAAACCGAAGGUGGUACACUACCUUUGCUCCAAGAGGACGGACAGCUACUUCACGCUCUGGCUGAACCUGGAGCUGCUGCUGCCUGUCAUCAUCGACUGCUGGAUAGACAACAUCAGGCUGGUUUACAACAGAACAUCUCGGGCCACCCAGUUUCCUGUUGGUGUGGACAUACGUGUCCCUGGCUUCGGGGAAACAUUUUCUGUGGAGUUCCUAGACCCCAGCAAAAGGAAUGUGGGUUCCUAUUUUUACACUAUGGUGGAGAGCCUUGUGGGCUGGGGCUACACACGAGGUGAAGAUGUCCGAGGGGCUCCCUAUGAUUGGCGCAGAGCCCCAAAUGAGAACGGGCCCUACUUCUUGGCCCUCCGAGAGAUGAUCGAGGAGAUGUACCAGCUAUAUGGGGGCCCAGUGGUGCUGGUCGCCCACAGCAUGGGCAACAUGUACACGCUCUACUUUCUGCAGCGGCAACCACAGGCUUGGAAGGACAAGUAUAUCCGUGCCUUCGUUUCACUGGGCGCGCCCUGGGGGGGUGUGGCCAAGACCCUGCGUGUCCUGGCCUCAGGUGACAACAAUCGCAUCCCUGUCAUUGGGCCGCUGAAGAUCCGGGAACAGCAGAGAUCUGCGGUCUCCACCAGCUGGCUACUGCCAUACAACCACACCUGGUCACAUGAAAAGGUAUUUGUGUACACGCCCACGACUAACUACACGCUCCAGGACUAUCACCGCUUCUUCCAGGACAUCGGCUUUGAGGACGGCUGGCUCAUGCGGCAGGACACGGAAGGGCUGGUUGAAGCCAUGAUGCCACCUGGUGUGGAGCUGCACUGCCUCUAUGGGACUGGCGUCCACACGCCAGAAUCUUUCUACUAUGAGAACUUUCCUGACCGUGACCCAAAAAUCUGCUUUGGUGAUGGUGACGGCACAGUGAACUUGGAGAGUGUCCUGCAGUGCCAGGCCUGGCAGAGCCGCCAAGAGCACAAAGUGUCAUUGCAGGAGCUGCCAGGGAGUGAACACAUCCAGAUGCUGACCAAUGCCACCACCUUGGCGUAUCUGAAACGUGUGCUUCUCGAACCCUGAUUCCUGUGCCAGGCGGGGCUGCUGGAUGGCUGGACCACUGAGCUUAUCUUGGCCUCUGAUCCUUUCUUUCAUGGCCUACAAGCUUGACAAAGUUUGUGACCAUCAUUCAAGGUCCUAAGUCUUAGGCUGGGAGGUAUCUGCCCAGGGGAGUGCUGUUUUUCGCCUUCUUAGGUAAAAUAGCUCUGAAGAAGGAA